UUUGUUAGUCCUACAUAUUUAAGCUCGUUUGCACUUUCACCACCCCAAAAGAGAAAACAAGUCUAAGGCAUAAUUUUUUCCCCUCUCUGCACAAUUAAUGCACAUGAACACCUACUCACAAGCCACCACAUCAAGAUCAAUGUCACUGCCACCCACUUUGGAUGAAGACUUGGAGAACAACAUGGAGGUUUGUGAUAGUACUAAUGUGAAGAACUCCAUGGUUAGAAAGAAGUCAGAUAUAGUUUUGGUCACAAAUAACGCUCGUUUUCAAAUGCUUAGAGAUUUGAUGACCAAUUUUCGAGAGGUCUUCUUUGGCACUAAACUUGUGGUGCUUUUUCCGGCAGUCCCUUUAGCUGUUGUUGCAAAUUUUUAUAGCUUUGGAAGGCCUUGGAUAUUUGCUUUCAGCCUGCUUGGACUUGCUCCCCUAGCUGAACGUGUCAGCUUCCUCACUGAGCAAAUUGCAUACUUCACUGGCCCAACAGUUGGGGGGCUACUGAAUGCAACCUGUGGAAAUGCAACGGAGAUGAUAAUAGCAUUAUUAGCACUUCACAAGAACAAAGUAAAUGUUGUCAAGUUGUCCCUACUCGGUUCCAUUCUCUCAAACCUUCUCUUAGUUCUUGGAAGUUCACUUCUCUGUGGUGGCUUAGCCAAUCUUAAGAGAGAGCAGAGAUAUGAGAGAAAACAGGCUGAUGUAAACUCGCUGCUUCUGUUACUGGGGUUGCUAUGCCAUUUGCUGCCAUUGCUGUUCAAAUACGCGUUAGGAGGGGGCACUUAUUCUAUAGCCACAAGCACUCUUCAGCUGUCAAGAGCAAGCAGCGUUGUUAUGCUUCUAGCAUAUGUUGCAUAUAUCUUCUUUCAAUUAAAAACUCAUCGAAAAUUGUUUGAUGCACAAGAGGAGGACGACGAUGAAGAGAAAGCCGUGAUUGGAUUUUGGAGUGCAUUUUCCUGGUUGGUGGGUAUGACAUUGGUCAUAUCUCUACUUUCUGAAUAUGUUGUGGCAACCAUUGAGGCUGCUUCAGAUUCUUGGGGCAUUUCUGUCAGCUUCAUUAGCAUUAUUUUGCUACCAAUUGUUGGGAAUGCUGCAGAACAUGCCGGUUCAAUCAUAUUUGCUUAUAAGAAUAAGUUGGACAUAUCUUUGGGUGUUGCUAUGGGAUCUGCAACUCAAAUUUCUAUGUUUGUGGUUCCAUUAAGUGUAGUUGUUGCAUGGAUAAUGGGCAUACGAAUGGAUCUGGACUUCAAUCUUCUUGAAACUGGAUGUCUUGCCUUUACAAUUAUAAUUACAGCGUUCACUUUACAAGAUGGAACUUCACACUACAUGAAAGGAGUGAUUCUUUUUCUAUGUUACAUUGUCAUUGGUGCGUGCUUUUUUGUUCUCAAAACUCCACUAACCGACCAAUAUCCUAAGAUUAACUUCGGAGCUGAACCAUCCUUUGAAGCCAUCACCACUUGAAUGAUUUUGCUACCCUUACCAAGAAAAAGUAAUGGGCACACUAUGGAUAACUGAAAUCUUCAGUUGGACUAAUUGCAGAGGUCGAAUUUCUAUUCACGGUGGAACCUAUGUGGCUUUGAAAUUGAGGCUUUGAGCUACAUCAUAAAAUACUAAAAAGUGCUUUAUUUAAUUCUUUCUUCAUAAUAAGGCUUAACAAUGACUUUGGGAUUGAAAUCACGCCUAUGUUCUUUUCCUUUUAAUUCUCUGUCUGGAUUCUUACUCUUUAUAGAUAUCCUUUUCACUUUCAUGUACCAACGAAUAAGAAUUUCUUAUUGCAUCCGGUGUAAAAAUCAAUGUUAAUAAAAUUGUCUUCGUUAUUAGUUUUUACAUCUAUUAUGU